AUGGUAGCCUCUCUUUGCAACAAUUUCUUUGCGCCCAACACCUCUUUUAGUUUUGAAGACCUACUCUCUCAUCCACCAUCUCCUCCUCACCAUGAGCCUGCACCACCUAUAUCACCUAUAUCCACUUCUCCUAUUUCGGCUUCACCACCUGUGCCUUCUACCUUACCUCCUCCGCCUACUCCUGCUACCUUAGCUCUUAUCACAGUCCCUCAGUCUACUCCCUCUAUCACUGUCUCUCCUUUUGCUCAGCUUCCCCCUCUUCCCAUGUCAAUCACCUUGCCUUCCCCACCUUCUAAUGCUGACAAAAAGGGGGAGAAGAAAUCUGUUUAG